UUGUAUAAACACUGCCAGUUAUUUAUGAUGCUUAAGGCACGAGAAGCUGUGUGAUGGAAGAAAAUUUUGUAAACAGGGACGUUUAAUUUUUCUUUAUUGACAAGUGUUUGUUGAUUUUGAUGAUGGAGGAUCAUAGUUAUAAAACGGAUGUCAUAGCAAGUCUGAAGAAAAGGAAUGCCAGAGAACAUAGUUUUCGUGAUGUAAUAAUAUAUAGUAAUAAAUUACUAGAAUCAUUGGAUUACUUGCAAAGAAGUGUAAUACUCCGAAAUAUUCAGACUACAAAAGCAGAGCAAACAAGUCCUGCCGUACCUGCUCAUGACUUAUCAGCGGAAGAACGUACGAUGUUAAUGAAAUGCUGCGAUUUGCAAAAUGAUUUAGCUGAAUGUCAUAAAAAAAUUUCAGAUUAUGCUCAACAAGUUAUUGACUUUAGAAAUGCACUGGACCAAAAGAACCAAAUCAUAGCCAAUCAGAAACGUGAAAUGGAAGAAAUGAAGAAUACUUUGAGUAAUUAUCAAGAACUUUGUAAAAAACAUUGUAAAGAAUUAGCAGACAUUAAAAUUGCCUUUCAAAAUAAAGUCGAUGAAUGCGAUGCCUUAAAUAUCACCUAUUCAAGUUUGGAAUGCAAGAAAAAUAACUUAGAAAUUGAAAAUCAGAAUUUAAAAGCCCAGCUGGCUGAGGUGAAGAAAGCUGAAAUAGCACGUUCGCUUAGCGAAAGUCUUGUGAAAGUUGUGGAAGAUUCCUCUGAUAAGAACGUGAAAAAAUCUUCAUCUGGGACUCAAGUCCACGAAGAAAGUGCCAGCUUGAAAACUGCUUCCGUAGACGUUAUUGCCGAAAACUUGAACUCCAUAGUUCCAGAAAAAAUUAAGUAUGAAUUUAAUGCUCACGAUAGUGAUGUAAAUGCUGUUUUAUGGUUGCCGACAUUCAGUCAUGUUAUUACUGCUGGUGCUGACCGAAAGGUCAAGCUCUGGGAGUUGCUGAAGGAUGGCAGUAUUGUGUUAAAGAAAUCAGUCCGCGAUUGUAAUUCAUCCAUAAUGUCUGUCGAUUUAGAUGCUGAUUCCAGCUUGCUGUUGUGUACGUCGUGUGAUUUUGCUAGUCGUAUUUGGACCCUCAAUGAUUUUACUUUGAGACAUACAUUAACUGGUCAUAGUGGUAAGGUUAUGUCUGCAAAAUUCAUGUACGAAAUAAAUAAGAUUGUGUCUGGUAGUUUAGACCAAACUUUAAAAGUAUGGGAUCUGCGGCGAAGAGCAUGUAUCCAGACCAGCUUCUCAAACUCUCAGGUACAUGAUGUGAUUUGUAAAAGUGGUCAUGUUAUAAUAAGUGGGCAUGCCGAUAAGAAAAUCCGGCUCUGGGACAUUAGAUCUAACAAAGAAACUUCUCAGAUUGCCUCUACUGGAGUAAUUACAUCACUAGAUUUGUCCAAAAAUGGUUAUUUGUUAUUAGUCUCCCAGCGGGAUAAUGUUUUGAAGGUUUUUGACUUGAGGACGAAUUUUGGAUUAAAUUCAUUGAAAGCAGAUAGUUUUGAAGUUGCUUACGAUUGGACCAGAGCGAAGUUUAGUCCUGAUGAUCAGUAUUGUGUUUGCGGUUCGAAGAAUGGGUCAGUAUUUAUAUGGAAUAUAAACAAAGAAACAGUUGAAAACGAAUUGAAAGGCCACAAAUCUAGCGUCAUAGCUUGUGACUGGAGUUCAUGUAACUCAUUUUUAACUACUUGUGAGAAUAACAGAAAAUGCAUUAUAUGGUGUAAAGCUUAAAUGUAUUAAAUAUUUUGAUACAUGUUUUA